AGUCAUUGCAAACAAGCGACAGAUAUUCUGAGGCGCUGUCAUCGCCGUGACGUCGGUUUGUUUAACUCGCGAGCGCACCAUGCUUGAUAUAAGAGACGGUUCCGACAGCUAUGUCAAAAUUUCUCUCUUCUGAGUCGACUUCUGAGGGUACAUGAGAAGCCGGCACUUCUCUGCAAUGACAAUUACACUUCUAUUCAUCAUCUUCAUCGCGUGUCCCCUCGCGUCCACAGGGGCAAAAUGGACAUAUAAUGGACCUGAUGGAGAACACGACUGGUCCAGCAACUACCCGUUCUGUGGAGGAGCAUUCCAGUCGCCCAUCGACUUCCAGACACGGCUGCUGAGAUACGAUCCAAACCUGCCGCCCAUCCAGGUCCAGAACUACAACCUGUCAACCAAUGAGCAGCUCACUCUCGGAAACAAUGGACACUCUGUGCAGUUGUCUUUGCCGUCUCACAUGCACAUCUCCAGCCUCCCGCACAGAUAUUCAGCAGCUCAGCUCCAUUUCCACUGGGGCUCCUCCAGUCUGCUGACAGGAUCAGAACACACUGUUAAUGGCAAGCGGUUUGCCGGAGAGAUGCAUGUAGUACACUUCAAUUCUGACAAAUACCCCAACAUCUCAAUGGCAGUGGACAAGAAUGAUGGACUGGCUGUGCUGGGAGUUUUCAUUGAGAUUGGAGAGUUCAACCCUGCUUUUGACAAAUUCUUCAAAUACAUAAAUGGGAUAAAGUACAGAGAUCAGAAAAUACAAGUCCCAGCGUUUAACAUCCGUACGCUGCUACCAGUCCGUCUGGAUGAGUAUUACCGCUAUGAUGGUUCUCUUACCACACCGCCCUGCUAUCCCAGCGUGCUAUGGACCGUGUUCAGGAAACCGGUCACCAUUUCACGAAAACAGUUUUUGGCAUUGGCCACAGCUCUGUAUGCCUCUUAUGCCCAUGAUUCUGCUACCGUGCCACUUCAUGGAAAUUACCGGAAGCCACAACACACAGACAACAGAGUGAUACUGGUUUCUUUCAAGGACGGAGACUUUACUUGGAUGAGCUGGGGUAUACUAGCAACAAUAAUAGUGGCCUCCAUGCUAGGACUGCUACUGAUCAUUACGCUAGUUUGGUGUCUUUUGAGAAAAAGAUCUAACACUGAAGAGCAAAAAGACAAAACCAAUGGGUACAAACUGGCUGAGAAAGAAGAAAACAUCUCCAAAGUAUAACCUCUCAACAUCUAAUGAAACCUGAGCAAAUUACACUUUAAAAAUCCACAUGCAGUCAAUCCGUUUUUCCAUCAUUUACGUUUCUGUCCUCGGCUCAUGGACCUGGCUGCAAAGAAACCAUCUGGUUGCAUGCAAUAUUUAGAUCAUAAAUGUUCAAGGAACAUACCGAGUUCUUCUUCAACCACAUUCUAAUCCAACAGGACGCGAAAACCUAAGAUGACACGAGAGGAGAGUAAAAAUAUGUCGUUUUCGUACAGUAUGUAAUUCACCACAUGCGUAAAACCCACCAGUCAACAUCAAACCCGGUGCUUCUAACAAUAAUCUGCCAGGGUGGCCAUCCUUUGCUGUCCACCGGCAUGUGACAUCUCUCUAUGCAGUGCCAAGCAGACGUGGUGGGAAAACACAGCUCUUGCCCGAGGCAAUGAGGACUUUCUGGUUCAGCAUGGAUAUGUGGCGGCCUGAGAUGGGUAGUUAUGAUGUCCCCACCCUAUAUUUACUAUUGUGCUGUUCGACCGAUUAGAGUAAUGAAAGGGUACGGGCAGAGCCGCGCUCUCGGUUCCCACUGAGCUUGCCACAGAACUGGCCUAUUGUUCCCCAGCUUGCGUGUAGGUUGACCUUAGACCUCUUGUUGCCUGAGCAAUCAUGAGACUAAACGCCCAUGCACACCCAGUAACCCGUACAAAUAUAAUGUACCGGAAUGCUCAGACUUUUGCAACUGUGAAGUUACUGCAUAAUGACUGGAGUGAUUAGCUUGAUGAACGCUACAUCAGGGAGGCUCGUUUCUGAUUUUGAACAUUCACCUUCACCUGCUUGUCAUUUUCAAGUAAACAAACAUCUUGAUUAGCUGCUUGAUUUGACGCUUCAUCUACAUUUAAUCCAUGUACAGUACAUUUGAAUAUGACGUUUGCGUUUCAAAAUGCUCUCCAUCCACUCUAGCAUUUUCAAGUGUUUUACAAAAGUUACUCAUCCACACUGAAACGUCGGAAAAUGCUAAAAUCAUCUUACUGUACAUGUGUAAAACGUAAUAAAAGCUUACUGAGAUGAGAGAGACCAGACAUAAUAAAGUUCUCUCAGUAUUCUUCUGGCACGGUCACUUUAUUAGCAAAAUAUCCCACCACUCAAUGGUGCGUCUCGCACUCAAUCGCCAUUCCAUGUCUGGUCUAAAUCUCAGCUGCCUUCAUGGUUUGCCGCAGGACAGUAAUUGUGAGUAAAUUUUCAGUCACCUUUGCAGGAAUGGUAAAUGAAGAUUGUACAAAGUAACAUUUAUUGACAUUUUUGCAGCACUGUGAAAGUGAAUAAUUCUUUGUAAAGAAACACUAUGCACCUAUAGACUGAACAAGCACUACAUGACGUCAACAUUUUCACAAAUUCGCAUUUUCGUGGUGUACAUGGAGACAAUAACUGUAUCAUUUUCAAAAAACUGAAACAUACAGGUUUUUGAAAACCAUUUUCAAAAGUUUUCAGGCCCCCAAAAUGGCGUUGUUGUGUAAAUGAACAGGCAAAAUUGAAUAAAAAGUUUUUCGUUUUUAGUUGAAAAUCACAAUUUAUAAAUUAAGGGAACAAAGUAGUAAAUCAUGCGCACGAUUUAGCCUACUAUUUUUUUUUUUUCUUGCAUGUCGUGCAGGGCUCCGUAGAAAAUGGUGUUGUGUAAACGGGCCCUUCGUUUUUUGGCCUUCCGUCCAAACUGAGAUGGCAUUUUUGUACUGUGAAAAUUGAGCUUUUUGAAAACGCUCUCCCAAGUGGAUACAUUGUAGUGUGGACUGUAAAAACUGAGGUUUUUGAAAACGAUGAUGCAUGUUUAGUUGCAAACUAUACUGAUUAUAUAUAUUGGUUUGUGCCUAUUAUGUGCCAUUCACUUUCACAGUGUUGCUAAAAGUUUUAGUAGAUGUUACUUUGUACAAUCUUCAUAUUACAUUCCUGCAUAGGUGACCAAAAUGUACUUGUCUUCCGAUGUUUUAGUAUGGACAAGAAAAAAGUACUAGAAAUGAAAAUGCUAUUUUCAAAUUGUAUACGGAUUAAUGUAGCCUAAAUAUGCGUCAUUGUUUUCAAAUAUCUCCGUUUUCACAGUCCACACUACAAGCACUGUCUCAAUGUGGAUGGAAGGCCGAAACGUAGGCUAUGUUUACAUAACAAUAAUUUUGAGAAGUUGAAAACGAUCCCCGUUCACAUCUGCGAAACUAAAAAUGCUGUAUUAUUCAUGCCAGGCCAGUAGUUGGCGAUGUCACUUUGUAAAGAAACACUAUACGCCUAUUGAACAUGUAAUACACAUGCGCAUGGCGUCACCGUUUUCACAAAUUUUCAUUUUGUAGUUUACACGGAGACAGUAACGACAUUGUUUUCAAAAACUUGCACCCUGAAACCCGUUUUCAAAAAUUUGCUUUUUCAGCCCCCCAAAACACCAUUUUCGUGUAAAUGAAUGGCCAAAACGCAUAAAAGUUUUCUGUUUUUAGUUGAAAACAGUGUUGUGUAAAUGCCCCCAUAGAGAAAAAUAUGCAUUUUCAACUGUAUCUGGAUUUGUGUAGAAGAGUCGACUGUGCCGGGAAGCUGAUUUCCAGGGUUUUGAGUUCUAGCAUUAGAGCUAAUGACAAAAUAAUGAGAAAAAAAGUAAGUGUGCCAGAAUCAUAUUGAUUAUGAUUUGACUUUGGAGAUCUUUAAAGCUGUGAAUUCUGUAUGACACUAAGCAAAUAAAGUCCAUAUUUCCAUAAUCUAAUGGGAGACCCUGCGUAAAAGCCCAGUUUCCAUGCUGCUCCAGGCUGGUUAUUCUGGUUAUUCUGGUUAACCAGUAGUAUGGUCUGUCUGGUGAAGUUGACUGACCAAAGAAUCUUGGUGAUUGAGCUAAUUAAGAGAAUCUUGAAAUAGACUCUCCUCUGAUGGAAAAUGUAAAAAAGAGAGGCAAACAGAAUGUGAUUUUGAUUUAUUUCAUGUGUGUUAGUUAUGUGCACAUAUUUGUGAUAAGCAAUGUGAAUUUUGAGGUGUUAUUUUUCAUUGUAUUUUUCCUCAUUUGGUGUUUUAAAGUGUUUUGGUAUUGUGAACUACUUUGUUGUGAUGUUUUGUGCUGGCAAUAAAUUGAAAAAGAAAAAGUUAUA